CCGGCUUCCGCUGCCUCGGUCCUCCAAAUUCAGUCUCCUUUGGACAGAUGAUCGGCCUCCUCCCAGAUCCCCCAGGUGGGGGCAAAGAUGAAGCCCAGGGGCAGAGCCAAGCCUGGUCCUGAGGAAGGCAGGGCAGUUCCCUCUCUGCCUGUGAGACGAGAGCCUCCCAAGCAGGGACCCUCCCCCCUCUCCUUCCCCAAUGCAGGCCCUGAACCCUGGUGCCCCCCCAGCCAGCUGGCCCCCUGGGCUGGCAGGGCUGCGGGCAUCCCCAUUCCCUCACCCUGCCCUGCACUUUCUGCACAGCCUGGCCAGGGUUCUGCUCUUCCCUGCCUACUGGGCGCUGGACAGGCUUCUGGUCUGCUGUGUGCCCACUCCCCGCACUCCAUUCCCAAGGGGGCUGGGUCAUUUCCUGGGCACGCUGCUAGGAGCUUUAGCUGCCCUGUUGCUGAUGCUAGCAGCUCUACCCCUGCUCCUCCUGGGCCUGCUGCUCUGGUUACCUCUGCAGUGCUGUCGACGCCCUUUCUGCUACCAGCCACCUCCUGGGAACUGGACACCCCCCUCACCCUGGUGUCCCACAUCAGAUCCCAACCGAAGCUUUGGUUUUCUCAGUGCCAACCUCUGCUUGCUGCCUGAUGGUCUUGCCCGAUUCAGCAACCUGCAGCACAGCCAGAAACGGGCAGAGCGGGUGGUCACUGCCCUACUGGGGGGAACCAAAGGGCCAAGCUAUGGGGCUAUGGGUUCCAGUCCACCCCAAGCUGAUUCCCUGGUAGGGGAGUUGGUAUCAGCCCUGCCAGGUAGCCUGGACUUUGUGUGCCUUCAGGAAACAUUUGAUGUACGGGCAGCAAGCAAGUUGGCCCGGCACCUGGCACCUACCCUAGGCGCUGUGAUAUAUGAUGUGGGGACCACUGGCUUCCAUCCAGGGCCUCAGCUCAAGCUACUGGGUAGUGGGCUCUUGCUGGUCUCCCGAUACCCCGUGCUGAGUGUCCGCUUCUUGCCCUUCCCUAAUGGCCGGAGGGAGGAUGCACUUGCCUCCAAGGGAUUACUCUCAGUUCAGGUGCAGCUGGGCAUGCUGGACAGUCGGAGGAUUAUGGGCUACCUGCACUGUACCCAUCUGCACGCCCCUGAGGAGGAUUGGGCCAUUCGCUGUGAGCAACUUUCACUCCUGCUGAGCUGGGCCGAGCAAUUCGAAGCACAGAGUAAGAAGGAUGAUGAUGCUGUCGCCUUCAGUGUGCUUAUGGGUGACCUCAAUUUUGACAACUCUUCCCCAGAUGAUGCCCAGGAACAAGAGCAUGACCUGUUCAACCACUUCACAGAUCCUUGUAGGUUGGGGCCAGGCCAGGAGCAGCCCUGGGCCAUAGGAACCCUGCUGAGUGCCCCAACGCUGCACUUCCCAGUGGCCUGCUCUUCUGAGAAGCUGAAAAGCGCUCUGGAGCAGGAGGAUGGGAGAAGUGUGUACCUUGCAGGUCCUCCCACUGGGACCCUUUCCUCUGGGUCCUGGCAGGGCAGAAGAAUAGACUACAUCUUAUACCGGAGGGAGCCUGAUACCCUUCUCAUCCCAGCCCUAGAACGAGUGACUUUUAGCACAUGCCUGGCUGGCCUCACGGACCAUCUGGCUGUAGGCCUGCGACUCCGGGUGACCACGGAGCCCAGGACUAACCCUGAAAGACCAACAGACUGAACAGUGAAAGCAGCAAACUGUGACCAUGGCUCCUCCCCGGCCCCACCUCUCUGGUACAGGGGCAACUUCAGGGAUCUUUAUUGUUGCCCCGUCAGGGUGCUCCCCACCCCAUCCCAUCUUUCACACACCCUCCUGUGCCUGUCGGUACUCGUAAACGCUGCCUCGUUCAGGAAAGCAGGUGGAAUGGGGUGGGGAUCCAGGGGCAGGGGCUGGCUCCUCAGGGUCCCCAUACCCACCUCCGCCCGGUGUCUUCAGGCAGAAGACAUCCUGAAGUGAUACAGAAAAAAAAAAAAAAGACUGAGCCUAGGGGAGAGAGGAUGAACCUCCCUUCCCACCUUUUCCUCCAGUUUUAUUCUGGAGGCUCCUUUUUAUACUCCCCUUUCCCUAAUGGAGCCAAAUUAAAUAACAAACACCAGCAA